AGCACUUACCGACUUCUGGUCGCGCAUUUCAGUGAGCAACGACACUUGAGUAUUUUUAAAAAGUCUGCUGAUAAGUAUCUGCUCCAUCGCGCAAUGCUGUUUGAAGCAGAGUCGCUCAUUAAGGUGGACAACCAUGCCUAGCGCCGCCGGAGUGCUCACGCUUAUGGGUGUCUUACCUUAAGGGAGUUUAUCCGAUCGGGUUUUGUAAAUUUUCGUGUUCUCACUUCGGCAUCCUCAUGGCAGAGAGCGGAGAUAGGAAGGAAAGUCUCAGUUGGCGCUGUUGGUCACGGACGGUACGAUGUUCCAACUUAUUGCUUGCAGUGGGGCAAUGAUGGCGUUUGUUUUCAGUGGCGUCACUGAGGGUCAGUCGGCCGUACUGUUACCUCAACUGAAAGAUGAAGCCAGCCCCAUUCAUCUCACUCCUGAGGAGGAAACGUGGAUAGCCAGUCUAGGAAUUGUCCUGUCUCCGGUGUCAGCCUCACUCACUGGACCAAUCACGGAUGCUUUCGGGCGGAAACUGGGACUGGUGGUUUAUCACAUCAUAAUGGGGAUAGGUUUUGCUGUUAUUGCCGUAGCUAAAGAAGUGUGGCACUUCUACGUGGGCCGUUGCAUAUGUUCUUUCGCCAUUGGUCUAGAGGUGGCCGCCAUCGUGUACCUGACCGAGACCUGCUCGAAGGAGCAGCGCGGCCUCCUCCUCUCGACGAUCUCCCCGGCCUUCACGAUCGGCGUCGUCGUUGCCUACGUCAUCGGCGGCUUCCUCCCGUGGAACGUCGCCUCGGCCAUCUUCGCCGCCGGCUCCUUCCUCUGCUCCCUCGGUCAGCUCUUCGGCGUGGAGUCCCCCGCCUGGCUCUACAAGCGCGGCCACACCGAGGCCUCCACGCGCGCCCUCCGGAGACUCGGCCGCACCCAGGCCGGCAUCCGCCAAGAACUCGAGCUCUUCAAACUCACCGUCAAAGAGCAGUCGCAGAAAUUCCACCUCCGGGAACUCCUACAUCCGACAGUCUGGAAGCCGUUCAUCAUCAUGACCAUCUUCCACCUCAUCCAUUGUGCCACCGGUGUCCAUCACAUCGUCUACUACACCAUCGACUUCAUCAACCGUCUCGGCACCACGUACGACCCUCUCACCGUCUCCAUCGCCAUCUCCGUGGCGAGGACGAUCGCCACUUGCACGAUCGGGGUCUACUUCACGUCCUACGUCAAACGACGCUUCGCGACGAUUCUUUCGGGCACCUUGAUGACGAUUCUCUCGGUAGGGGCCGGGGUUUACGUCUACGUCUGGCGGGAUACGGCCGUGGAUCGUCGGCCCUUCCAAUGGCUACCGGUGGCGUGUGUGAUCGCCUACAUCGUCAUCGGCAGGGUUGGGGUGACGCCGCUGCCCUGGCUCAUGUCCAGCGAGGUGUUCCCUCUCCGAGUCCGGGGGUCCAUGUCUGGGGCUACUUUUGUCAUCGGAACUGGCUCUAUUUUCAUUUCGAUUAAAAUGUACGAAGAUCUGAUCGCGGCUUUCCAUAUUUGGGGGCUCUUGUUCAUAUUCGGCACCGCCUGUUUUUCGGCCGUCCUCCUCGCUGUAUUCGUCUUGCCGGAAACUCUGAAUAAAACCUUGUAUGAGAUAGAGCAGUACUUUAUGCCAAAGAAAGGGAAGAAAUCUGGUGAGCAGGUAGAUUCAACAUCGCGAGGGGAAGUGUGUUGAGAGAAUAAUCAGCAGAGACGAGGUGCGAAUGAUCGAUUAUCGAUAGUUCCCCAUUUAAAGCCGUGGUGAAGAAUCGAUUUUUAAGGCAUUCGUUGCGAACACCCUGUUUAUCGAUCAUUUUCCAAAGGUUUAUAUGGCAGAUCAAUCGAUACUAAAAACACGUGUCCCUCGGGUUUUGUUGAGCCGGUACUAACGAGCAGAUAUACAAAAAUAUCCUAAACAAAGAUCAGACGUUUGAUUGCAAAAAAGGGGGGGGGGAAAUUGAGUGUUAACGCAGCCGAAUAUAGGAGAUUCGUAUUCAGGCCUCCUUUUUCAACCCUCUUUCCGAAUUUGAGCGAAACUUUAUUCGCAGCAUAGGGCAGAGCAUUGCAAGUUCACGCCUCGCGCCAUCGCUCCUUUAAUUUUGCGGAUGCAACACGGACAUCCGUCAAGCAUAAAUAGUUGUAUCUCUGCGCCGUCAUCUACGCGAAUCAUUUCCCUUGAUCUAUUUACAUGAUGUGUUGGUUCCGUUUGUCUGAUUUGUACUCGACUUGGGACUGCGUAUACAUAAAGUAUUGAGCAUCUAAGGGUUAAAAUGCAAACGAAGAAAGAGUUUCGUUUAUUCGACCCAGAGUGAACAGAAAGGAGAUAACAGAAAGACCGCUCAUAUUGCAAGAUGUUCCAAAGAACCUGAUAUUUUCAUUGAUUUUAAAUUUUUUUAUAAAAAAAUAAAAUAAUUUGAGGGAAAA